UCAGAAGAAUGGGUUACGGUUAUCCGGUUGAAUAUUUUCUGCGCUGAAGACGAGACGGAGCAGGUUUUGAUCUUUUUUCAUCUCAAUUCUUAACUUUGGAAAAUGAAUCAAGAAGAGAUAGACAAAGAACAGUUACUUCGGUAUCUUCGUGGAGAAAUUCCAUUUGAGCAGUGGGUUCAGGGCCAACAGAUAUAUGAACAAAGCCAUCAGUUUGCUUUGAACACUGAUUUGCCCCUACCAUCUCAACCACAAGAGAGGCAGGAUGAUGAAGACGAAGAUGAUGACGAUGAUGAGGAGGAGGAUGAAGGAGGCAAAGGAGAAGAAGAAGCAGGACCUAGCACAUACUCAGGUCAAGGUUAUUCUCCGAUCCAUGAGAUGGAGAUAGAGAGCAAUGCUGGAGAUGAAGAUUUACAAAACACAGCAGAAGAUAGUGCAUUGAAUAUCGAGAUGCAGGUAAAACGUGGUAGACGGAGAGGUCCCGUUGAUCCGCCUGAGUUCCGCAGCCGUCGUCGGCGUCGUAACAGGGUUCCGAAGCGUCUACGAGGUUUAAUGGGUCAAGCCCAUCUCUGCUUUGCCCGUAGGGAACAUGAUCAAGCCACAAAGAUGUGUAUGGAGAUCAUUCGCCAAGCUCCGAAGGGUGUAGAACCCUUUCAGUUACUUGGUAUGAUCUAUGAGGACCUGGGUGAUAUGGAGAAAUCUAUGCAGUUUCAACUGAUAGCAGCUCAUCUUUCCCCGAGGGAUACAGAACAAUGGCACCAGCUUGCUGAGGUGUGCUUGGAGAGAAAUGACUUGGAGAAGGCCAUUUAUUGCUAUUCUAAAGUACUGAGGACCAAUAGCCAUCACAUACCAACCCUCCAUGCACGUGCUAGGCUGUACAUCAGACUCGGGGAGAACAAGAAGGCAAUGGAAUCCUACCAUACUAUCAUCAAGCAUCUACCUCAAGAUGAGUGGUCUCAAGGUGUUCUUCUUGCUAGAGAACUUGUCCAGAGAUGUCAUAAGCUGGGAGAAGUGAAUCUUGCUAUUGAGGCAAUGGAGACGUUAGUUAAAAGGUAUCCUGAACACAUCAGCUCAGAAGAGGUGAAUAACCUGGCUGAGUUGUAUAUCUCCAGUUUACAGUACGAGAAGGCUAUACAGGUGAUGUCUCGUCAUUGCGGAGUGAUAGUUGAAUACAAUGAGAUGGACCUUUCAACGUUUCAAGGAGGAGAUUCAGAAGCAGUGAAUGUCGUUAUUCCCGACGGACUUCCCAUUGACCUGAGGGUCAAGCUAGCAAUCUGCCUCAUCCAUUCCAAACAUCUCACUCCUGUUCCCAUGGUAACCAAACCACUCUUCUCCGAGGACCCAGAAGACUUUGGUGACCUCUACCUCGACGUAGCGGAAGCAUACAUAGAUAUCAAUGAUCACCAGUCAGCAAAGCCGAUAUUAGCAGCUCUUCUUAAAGCUAAGAACUAUAAUCUGCCCGCAGUGUGGCUGAGGUAUGCAGAAUGCUUGAGCUCUUUGGGCGAGCUAGCAGCUUCCAGCAAAGCAUACAGCGAGGUACUCAAACAGGCUCCUAGACAUCUUGAUGCAAGGCUUGCCCUAGCAGCCAUUGAACAACAGCUAGGAAGGGCCGAAUCAGCAUUACAAACACUUUCUCUGGAUCCAUUAGAUGAUGACGAUGAUGGCGAUUACAUUCUAUCCAAGCAAGACAUUCAGAUUCUAUACAGACAGGGCAUAUUGAUGUACACCCAAGGCCACUUUGAUGAGUUUCUGGAGAAAGGAAACUAUCUCCUCUCAAAGUUCAUCCAUAAGGAUAAUGAAGAUCACGCAGAUUACAACGUAAUUACCAAAGGGGAAUGGUUAAGUUUGAUUCAGAAAAUGUGCGUAUCAUAUGGGAAGAUGAAGCGAUACGGUCAGGCGUGCAAUCUCAUCAAAGACGCUCUUAAUUACAAUAUAUAUGACAGAGACAUCGAUAAACCAUGGAUACAGAAGCUGAAAUUCAUGUUGGUCUGCGCAUCUUAUCAUCAUGAGAAUUAUGACGAUGCUUUUUCAUCUAUCAGGGAGUUUGUCAAUCAGUGGGGAGAGAAGAUUAAUCUGAUGAACCUAUUUAGCUUGAUAGUAAACAACACUCUGGGAUCAAGACAUCACAAGUACUGCAUGAGACUUACUAUAAAGUUUUAUCCUGAUAGUACUGCUCUGUCUAUCAUCAAUGGCCACAAUGCAUUACAAACAAGCAGCUAUAAACAUGCCAUAGGAGAGUAUGUGAGGGCAUACCAUCACGAUCUUUCAAACCCAUUCCUACCGCUUUGUAUUGGUGUGAGUUUAUUUGCACUGGCUGCACAGAGAUUCACGGUCAAUAAAGACUCCAUCAUAACGCAGGGGUAUGCAUGCCUUCGGUUAUACCAGAAGCUGAGGGGAGAUACACAAGAAACCAAUUACAAUAUCGGAAGAGCACUACAACAAGUUGCUAUCGAUCACCUUGCAGUGCACUACUACCACAAGGCUCUUGGUCUGCCUCCCAUCAUUCCUUACGAUGAUAGAUAUGAUCUUCGACCUCAGAUAGCCUUUAACCUUUCCCUUAUCUACCGGGCCAAUGGGAACACUGAAAUGGCCCUGGAACUACUUGAGACUUACUGUGUUAUAUGAGCAAGUUUCUUGAAGAGGAAAUAGGCUCAGAUCUCAGAGAUUGACCCUAUCAACAAGGAUGAUGGCAGCGCUAUAAUGGCUCUGAAGUUACUGCAGAUCUACUGUGUUACAUGAGCAAGGUCAUGUCGAUGUUCUUUAUGAGGAAAAAGGCUCAGAAUCUAGGGACGUCAUCCACAAGACCAAUGGGAACAAUAAAAUGGCCAUGGAAUUGAUAGAGACUUACUGUGUUAUAUGAUGAGCGAGGUCAUGUUUUUGUCUCUAUGAGGAAAAAGGCUCAAAUCUCAGUAGAGUUUUACCUGACUGACAAAGAUAAUGGCAGCGAUGAAAUUGCUCUGUGAUGUAUGAGCUAGAUUAUGUUGAUCAUCUGGAACAGGAAAGGGACGUCAUCUACAUUGCUAAUUGCAGCACUGGAAUGGCUCUGGAGUUACUAGAGACUUACUCUGUUAUAUGAGCGAGAUAAUGUUGUCUUGAAGAGGAAAGGCACAAAUCUUGGUAAUCUGCAAGGCUAAUGGCAGCCUUGACAUGGCCCUAAAAUUACUAGAGACUUGCUGUGUUAUAUGAGCGAGGUCAUGCUUUGUCUUGAUGAGGAAACUGGCUCAAAUCUCAGUAAAAUUUUACUGUAUCGAUAAGGGUAAUGGCAGCACUGAUAAAAUGGCUCUGGCGUUAUGCAGACCUACUGUUUUACAUGAACAAAGUCAUGUCGAUGUUCUUGAUGAGGAAAGAGGCUCGCAUCUAGGAACGUCAUCUACAAGACCAGUGGGGCCAUUAAAAUGGCUCUGGGGCCCGUUUCAUAAAGGACUUGCAACUGUUGUAACUUUGCCAUAAUGGCAACUACCAUGGUAACAGGGCUCAGCAGCCAAUCAUAAUCCAGGUUACCAUGGUAGUUGCCAUAAUGGCAAAGUUACAAUAGUUGUAAUUCCUUUAUGAAAUGAGCCCCUGGAGUUGUUGGAUAAAUAUGACCAGCACUGCGUUGAUCAAUUGGCAGAAAAAAGGCUGAGAUCAAGGCAUGUCUACUACAAGGCCAAUGGGAACAGUAAAAUGGCCCUGGAAUUGAUAGAGAAUACUAUGUUAUAUCUUAUGUCAGUCUUUGCUUUUGGAUCCACCUUUUUCUCUGCCUAUGGCGAUUCCAUGAAGUGGACAUUUAAUUUCAAACAGUUUCAAAGCACACUUAUAAACCUACAUUAUUCACGCAUUUCUUGUUGAUUUUAUCAGACAUACUUAACAUUCAAUGCAUACAUAAUUAAUUUUACAAAAUUUCAUUGGAUAGUUCCAGGAAAAAUGAGCAUUACGGACACGACAUGUAAUGUUGUUUCUUACCUUCAGAAUGAGUGCUUU